ACUAGUAUUUUUGAGUUGAUUUUUUUGAGGCUGAGAGUUUAGGACAAAAAAAUACUAUCUCUAUUUUACAUAGAAGUUUAGAAAAGUAGCAGCUCAAGGAAUUUAUUUUCUAGUUUAAAAAUAAAAAGCUAAAUAUAAAUUUACAUGAAAAUUUUAAUGCCCAAGACAGUCAAAGGGCAAAUGAAGUUUUAGCAGCUAAAUCAUAUAAAUCACGAUGUUACCUUUUAGUUAACGUGAAUGCCUAUGCCUACCUCUGGCUCAUUUAGUGAGCUGAAAAUUUUUUUUUUCAAACCCUUAUAUGCAUUUCUUAAGUUUCUAGAAUACCAGAAUACUGACACAUAUGAUUGUACCAUUUCGUAUUUGUCGAAGAUGAUUCUGAAUUUCGCUAAAAACCACAAAGGAAACCAACAGUCCCAACAUUAAUAGUUCUGAUAACCCCACCAAAGAGGAAAUACGAAGAGGAAGUUACUCGGAGAGUCUGUCAGGGCAGAAGUGAUUUCAGCAGAAGACACUCAAUAUUCAGCCCUUCUGGACACUGACUGACCCUAAUUUUUUCCCAGUUCCUUCUGGACCUUCUGGACCCUCUUCUGCUUCAGCGACCGGCUGCAAGGCCAGUAGGAAAGGUGCUUGGAUUCAGAUGAGCAGGAUUCUAGUUGUGGCUGCUCCACGUUCGUUGGGGUGGCAGCCUCAGUUUCCACAGCUGUCAAACGGGACAAUAAUACCUGCCCCAGUUCCUCCGCUGGGACGUUGCCAGAAUCGCCUAAGAACACGCUGUCCCAAGACAAGCCAAAGCCACCAUUACUGGGAGAGUCGCCAACAAAACUCGGCUUCGGUUCCCUCUCCCGGCAAGGCUGGUUCGACCUACAGUCAACAGGAAGCUCCUGGGGCUGGGACAGGAUCCCUGGAUCGGAAGGAGGCCAGACGCGAGCGUUUCUGGACGGCGAUCAGGCUGGUGAUGAGGGUGUUAGUAACACCCCCUGGCUGGGCUGAGAUUUUACUAUCCACGACAAAGGAUUUGAUAAUGGGCUGCAUUAAAAGUAAAGAGAACAAAAGUCCAGCCAUUAAAUACAGACCAGAAAGCACUCCAGAACCGGUCAGUACAAGUGUCAGCCAUUAUGGAGCAGAGCACACUGCAGUGGCACCAACAUCCUCCACAAAGAGCACAACUGUUAAUUUCAGCAACCUUUCCAUGACACCAUUUGGAGGAUCCUCAGGGGUGACACCUUUUGGAGGAGCAUCUUCCUCAUUUUCAGUGGUGCCAAGUUCAUAUCCUGCUGGUUUAACAGGUGGUGUUACUGUAUUUGUGGCCUUAUAUGAUUAUGAAGCUAGAACUACAGAAGACCUUUCAUUUAAGAAGGGUGAAAGAUUUCAAAUAAUUAACAAUACGGAAGGAGACUGGUGGGAAGCAAGAUCAAUUGCUACAGGAAAGAAUGGCUAUAUCCCUAGCAAUUAUGUAGCCCCUGCAGAUUCCAUUCAGGCAGAAGAAUGGUAUUUUGGCAAAAUGGGGAGAAAAGAUGCUGAAAGAUUACUUCUGAAUCCUGGGAAUCAACGAGGUAUUUUCUUAGUAAGAGAGAGUGAAACUACUAAAGGUGCUUAUUCCCUCUCUAUUCGUGAUUGGGAUGAGGUAAGGGGUGACAAUGUGAAACACUACAAAAUUAGGAAACUUGACAAUGGUGGAUACUAUAUCACAACCAGAGCACAAUUUGAUACUCUGCAGAAAUUGGUAAAACACUAUACAGAACAUGCUGAUGGUUUAUGCCAUAAGUUAACAACUGUGUGUCCAACUGUGAAACCCCAGACUCAAGGUCUAGCAAAAGAUGCUUGGGAAAUCCCUCGAGAAUCUUUGCGACUGGAGGUUAAACUAGGACAAGGAUGUUUUGGUGAAGUAUGGAUGGGAACAUGGAAUGGAACCACAAAAGUUGCAAUCAAAACACUAAAACCAGGUACAAUGAUGCCAGAAGCUUUUCUUCAAGAGGCUCAGAUAAUGAAAAAGUUAAGACAUGAUAAACUUGUUCCACUAUAUGCUGUUGUUUCUGAAGAGCCAAUUUACAUUGUCACUGAAUUUAUGUCAAAAGGGAGCUUAUUAGAUUUCCUGAAGGAGGGAGAUGGAAAGUACUUGAAGCUCCCACAACUGGUUGACAUGGCUGCUCAGAUUGCUGAUGGUAUGGCAUAUAUUGAAAGAAUGAACUAUAUUCAUCGAGAUCUUCGGGCUGCUAACAUUCUUGUAGGAGAAAACCUUGUGUGCAAAAUAGCAGAUUUUGGCUUAGCAAGGUUAAUUGAAGACAAUGAGUAUACAGCUAGACAAGGUGCAAAAUUUCCAAUCAAAUGGACAGCUCCUGAGGCUGCACUAUAUGGUCGAUUUACAAUAAAGUCUGAUGUAUGGUCAUUUGGAAUUCUGCAGACGGAACUGGUAACAAAGGGCAGAGUGCCAUAUCCAGGUAUGGUAAACCGCGAGGUGCUGGAACAGGUGGAACGAGGGUACAGGAUGCCGUGCCCGCAGGGCUGUCCAGAGUCCCUACAUGAAUUGAUGAAUCUUUGUUGGAAGAAGGACCCUGAUGAAAGACCAACGUUUGAAUAUAUCCAGUCCUUCUUGGAAGACUACUUCACUGCUACAGAGCCACAGUACCAGCCAGGAGAAAAUUUAUAAUCCAAGAAGCCAAUUUUAUAUGCACAAAUCUGCCAAAAUGUAAAGAACAUGUGUAGACUUCCUCACUUACGUACAGGAAUCAAAAGAAGAAAAUCUUCUUCACCCUGCAUGUUUUUGAUGGUAAACUGGAAUUACAGAUGUGGUUGCACAAAACCACUUUUUUUUUUUUUUUUUCCAAGUGUUAAACUCUAAAGUACCAAUGAUGAAUUUUUCAGCUUAUUUCAGGGUCCAAAGAAAGUAUAGUUAAGAUAUUGAUGACUGUGUGAGUGAUAGCAUGACAAGGAAGAGCAACAAGGCUACUGUUUAUGAAUCACUACCUUUCUUUUAUUCCCCAAACUCAUAAUUAAGAGAAAUUUAUCAAUCAGUAUAGACAAAGCUUGGGAGAUUAAAAAGUUAUACCAUAAUAAAAUCUAGAAUUACAGAACUUCAUGGGACCAAACAAUUCCAUUCCAAUUUUUAAAAAUUUCUUGCAUUUAUUAUUCUUAAAAGUUUUUUCUAAGUUGAACAGUUAAUAUGCAACCUUAAUAUAUGCCUCUGUUUGCAUGGAAGUGGGCUAGGUCUUUAGAUGCAAAAAGGAAUAUAAACAGCAUCUAAAACUUGAUUAAAUGUUAGACAACAGCAGUGGAAUUUGAAAGUAUAAUGCACUAUGUUAAUACUCAGUAUACUCAUGGAACUGGAAAGUAGAAGAAAUUUUUCAUUUUAAUCAUUUCUGAAUAGCUCAGUUUAAAAUAAUGAAGGUAACUAGAAUAUGAGUUAAUCUUUUAUAAGGUUGCACUGAUUUUUUUAAAGGCAAUAUGUAAUUGAAAUCAUACUAUCCAAUCCAAGGGGAAAUCUUUUAAUCUUUAGAUAGCAUGAAAAAAAAUAAACCCAGCAUUUAAAUAGUCCUUUUUGAAAAACAGACUGGUACUGUGAGAUUGCUAAUAUGUACUUAUGAUGAUGGGUGCCACAAAUAUAAAAUAUCACUAGAUCAGGGACUUGAAUGCACUUUUGCUCUUACUGAAUAUAGACUAACAGAGAGGAAAAUGUAUUUAAAGAAAUAUGAGAAAAGAAAAUGUGAAAGUUUUACAGAUAGAGAGAUGGAAUGUAAUGUUUAAUGUUGACGUUACAGAGUGACAAAAUGGCUUUGCUGGCACUCAAAGCUCCUCACUUAUUUUCUGAGAUUUUAAGAGUUAUAAGGUAUGACUAUAAAACUAAUCUUUCUUAACAUAAAUACUAAAUGAGUGCUAUAGCCUCAAAGUAGCUAAGUUAAGGCUUCCCACUAAUUCCAGUGAUACAGCUUUUAUGCAAAACAUUUUUAGAACUCCAGUUUUCAAAUCCAUGUUUGAAUCUACAUUCACUUUUUAAAUAUACUUAAUGAUGAUCAUUUUUUCCCUUUUAGAAUUUAGUUGAUUUGAGGAGGAAAACAUAUUCGGAAUAAUAGCAGUGGUAAAAAGAGGGGGACAGAUUUUGCCUAUUUAAAGUACAGAAGUGAAAUGUACAGAAUAAUACUGAUUUUUAUGACUAACUCAGAAAGAAAAUUCCAAAAUACGAAUUUGAAUAGCAGCAUCACUGGUUUAAGUGUCUAGCAAAGGGACUGAAUCUGACAAAUAAAAGUCUGGUAUUUACGUUUGAAAAUACUCUCUUUUAUAGUCACACUUUAAAUAAAGCAACACAUCAGGUCCCAGUAUUUUAGGAAUAUUUCUACUGACUACCAUCACAUACCUGAUUUGAUCAUUAAAUUUAAAAUUCUGUGCUGUGGUAUCUAUGUUGAGAUUCAAACCAUUUUAAAAUGUGACAGAUGAGCUUCAUGCAGGUUGGCAACAGUUCUGGUACUAAAAAUUGUGGUGGCUUCUUAUGUUUACGUAACCUGCUUAGUAUUGAAUCCCUCUUCCAAGAGGAUUUUCCCAAGAAGACUGCUGUCAUCACUUACCUUUAACGUCUACAACCUGUGACAUCAGAGUUUUAAAGGGCUUUGUGUGAACUAUGAUAUUACAAAAAAUUUUUCUAAGCAUUUUAAAAAGGAUAAAAUUAUAUGUUUAUGUACUAAUUCUCUUCCGAAAAAUAGGCCAGAAAAAGUUGAUGGUAUUCAUUAGGUUUUAACUGAAUGGAGCAGUUCUUUAUAAUAUGGAUUGUAUAGUUAGGAAAUAAAACACUAACUUAAUGUGUAUUCAGUUUAAAUGGUUAUGUAUUUUUAAAUUGCUGAGAAAAAUAAACAACUUUGUACAUUUGAAGAUUUUUUCCAACAGCUUUUCUUCUUAAACCUCUUAAUGUGUUUUCCUUACCAAAAGAGGAAGUUGGCAAAAAUAGCCUUCUAGCACACUUUUUUAAAUGAAUAAUGGUAGCCUAAAACUUAAUAUUUUUAUAAAGUGUUAUUAUAUUGUUUUGUGUAUAAUUGAAAUAAAAAUUUCAUUGAAUGUACCCAUUUAUCUUUUUAGCCACUACUCAUACUUUCUCAUCAGUUUUUUAAGAAUUGGUAUUUAAAGUAAAGUAUAUUGUUUCUUCUUCCAUUGGGGAAAAAAAGUGUUGAGUUAUGACUCUUGAGCAGAGUUAAAUCAAUUCUUUAUUAAAUUCAGAACAUUAUUGAACUCAUUCUUUGUGGUUAAUUUUCCAUGUCAGGUGAGUGACAUUAUUUUUACAGGUUUUUUAAAAAAUUAUAUCAGCAACUACAGUUUUAAUGUAUUAUACAGAGAAACCUAAGUGGUUUAAGUGAAGCUAUUCACAGAAGAAUCUGUGUGAAGGGUAUAAAAUAGAAUAACUACUUUUGAUCAUAAGGGAUUCAAUUUUCUAAAAAUGAAAAAUAUGUGAGCCUUAUUUCUAUGUGUGUUUUACACUUCUAUUAUAGGUUUAAUGAAAAUAAGAUACUAAAUUAUGAAUGGCCAAUCAAAAGCAUUUGUUAUUUUCAAUAAGGUAAUAAUAUUAAUUGCCGUUUACUGUUAUAUUAUCAAAAUUAUUAGCUUUGUUUUUCCCUAAUGAUUUCAGAAAAGUAACAUUUAAUAAACAAACACAUCAUUUAGUAAACAUUUAUUAAAUAUUUUUAUACAGUACAGUAAUAGUUUCUCAACUUAAAAAUGUUUUCCUAGUUUGCUGUUUGCCUUUUAAGUUUGCAUGUAAUUUUUUUGACAUUUAAGUUGUACAUUUGUAUGUUAUCAAAUCUUUUUUAUGCCUAAACAGUCCUUUGCAUCCCAAGAUUAAAUAUUCAUCUCAUCUGUUA